AUGUCAACAAUUGGACAGCUUGUUACGGAUUUCCAGGCCCUUCUGGCGGAGGUCAAGAAGCGCCAUUUCCAAGAUAUACGACAUUCACUUGAACGCACAAUCAAACAGCUCCAACAGUUGCCUCCAGAUGAUACAAUAACUGCAAUUGAUACCAAAUCAAUCGACGUGUUCGAGCCUCUUGUAGCCGUUUAUAACCUGGGGAACCUUAAGAUCAUCACACUGGCCAUAACUUUGACCCAUAAGCUUAUUAUCUAUGCGAUUUUACCGGCCAAUCUGUUGGACAGUUUACUUAAGGCACUUAAUGAAGCAUCAAACUUUGCCAAUGACGUGCAAUUGAAGAUUCUCCAAUGCUUACCUCAUCUUGUGAAGAACUACAACUCAGAAUAUGACAUAGUUGUGCGAGUGGUGUGUCUUGUGAUUGGAUUGACUACUCCUAGUCGAAGUAGUGUUGUGAUUAACACAGCCUCUGCCACGUUACAACAGAUAUUUGACAUUCUCUUUGAGAGAGACCCUCAACAACAGCAACACUCUCCUUUGCGUACAAUACAGUUAGAUGAGAAGUUAUCAGCAGAAUUAACGGAGAUUGAAUGGCAGAACUAUAACCUAUUUGCUAAAUUAGUACAAGCACUCGAUAAACAAGAUGAUGAUUUCGUCUUGAAAACUUCAACGUGUCUUGAAAUCAUAGAAACUGUGCUUUCUACACAAACUACCACCGCUAAAAGUGAAGGGAUUCUCCAUGUUAUUCGUCUGGAAAUGCUUCCAACAAUAAUCAAAUUCCUUAAUGAAGAGCCCCCAUUUCCAAUCUUCCUCCGGAUUCUUAGAGUGGUAUCUCAACUCUUUCCCCUUGCCAGCGACUUGGAAAUCGAGCUUGAGGUAUUGACCUCCUUCAUAAAUCAUUUUCUUGUUGAAGACACCGAGUGGCACCAAGUGAUCGUGCUUGAAGUUUAUCGUGGGAUGUUUUCUCGUAUUACCACUGUUCAAAUGGUCUGGGAAACUUAUGACAGAAGAGCUCCCGCAAAGAAAUAUGUUGUUAGAGAACUUCUACUGCUUAUUGGUUCAGUCUUAGAAAACUACUCUGUUGACAAAUUGCAAGCCAACACUCAAUUGCCUAGCACGUUCAAAAUUUCUGUAUUAGACCAAUUGGAUAAAACAGAGCCUCCACCAAUUGCUCCGAAUUUCUCCAUGUUUCUUGUACUCAAUAUUCUAUUUGCUUACAGCGAUGGCGUUGCCAACUUUGUUUCUCAGCUUUCAUCCACUGAGACAGAUGAAGCGGUUCUUGAGACCCAAAUUGAGUUUGUCAAUGAAUAUAUUGAAUCUAACUUUGUUCCCUUACGUCGACUCUUUGAGCUCUUUUUGCGAAUGCCACUUGACUCCACCAACUACCGCAACCUUAUUCGGUCGUUGCAGAAAUAUAUUCACACUACAGGUUUAUUGGGACUUGUUGAUAAAAGAGAUGACUUGAUUUCUCUUCUUGCAUCGCAAGUUUCGGACCCCACAGAAGGCCAUGGGGAUAUAUGUCUUCGUGCGUUGAUUAAUUUGAUCAUUUCUUUGGGGUCCACAUUCAAGGCCGAUUCCUGGAUUAACGUUUGGCGUGUGCUUCCAUCGCAUUUAACUGCUUCGUCAACAACCACCAAACUUUAUGAAAGUAUAGAGAACUACCCAGUUGAUGUUUUCGAUGAGCUAUGCAGCUCAUUGAUUCAAUUAUCAGAAGAAGACGCAAAUUUAUUUUACAUUGACCAAUUGGCAGCCAUUUGUCAAAUUGACCCGACAAAGUUCUUCCUUCUGAGCUCAACAAAUUGUUUGAAUGAUGUCAUGGUUCACUUCAGUGAAAUAAGUACCAAUUACGCCUUUCCUAUAGACUCCAGAAUCUCUGCAACAAACUUGGCUAUGAAAGUCGUGAGAAAAUUGACCAAAGAAGGGUUUUCAGAAGCUAAAUUUAAUACCAUUACCUGCUCUAAAUCUUUACUGAUACUUCAGAUGUUUGUUGGAAAUUUACUUGAAAGUCAAAAUGGAGAGAAAUCUUACUCAGAUUUGAACUGUUCCCGUGAAAUACACUUAAUAGUGUUAACAACCCUACAUUCAUUAGUAGAUAACUAUGAUAAAUACUACAAAAAUGAUUGGGAAAGGGUAUUUCAGAUUUUGGUGACAGUUUUCACAGUAACGGAGAACACAAAUGAAAGUGGUAUGGAAGAAGAUAAAUAUAGACAAUUGAUUGAAAAAUCAUUUGAUACAUUAAAGUUAAUUCUAGAUGAAUUUAUGAACUUCUUACCCGUUGAUCAAUUGAAGUAUCUAGUGGAUACUUUGUUUCGAUAUGUCAUACAAGCCUUUGAUUUGAAUAUUGCCUUUAGUUCCAUUUCAUAUUUCUGGUUAAUUAGUGAUUUGGUAAAGUUGGAACUCAAAGAUAAUUCACAAGAUGACCAGAAAUUAUCAAUUGCUUAUUCAGAUAACGAUGCAUUGGUGUCUCAACUAAAUGCAACAAAAUCAUACAAGCUUUUGGAUAUGUAUUUGCUUUCAACACUUUUCAAGCUUGUUCGUGAUCCUCGGGCCCAGGUUCGGAAUUCAGCAUUGAAUACUUUCUUCCAGAUAAUCGAUAUUCAUAGUGAGUUCUUUAGCGAACAAGAUUGGGAAGCGAUUUACGUGGUUUGUUUCAAGCCCAUUAUUUUCACAGAUUUCAGAAUCACUGCAGGUAAACGAGAUCAACUCGAGAGUAUAACCAUUGUUCUUGAAGGACUAUUUGGUGUUUACACCACUCAUUUCUAUGACAAUGCACACGAAGAUAAAUGGACAGUCUUUAUCAAUUUCUUCCAGGAAGAUUUGCUUAGUUUGAAAUGGGUUGAAUUAAAUAUCAAACUUUUCAAAUCGUUUGACGAUUUGAUCCUGACUCUCUUAAAAAAGACCACACCAAUAGUUGUGAUUAACUCAAAGUUGUUUGAGUUUUGGGUAGGCACUCCUAUUGAAUACGACUUGGUUAAUCCCAAGUACCAAGACUUUCUUUGUACCCUCAUGGAGUGUUGUGGCAGCCUUUAUGCUUUAACUAAAGGCUCUCCAGAAACCAUUAAUGAUCACACCACCAACUUACUAUCACUUUUCAACAAGUGUGCUCGGUAUCCUGUUCUUAAUGGGGGCCCUGAUGAUGAGAAGCCAUCCAAUUUACAGGCAACAGUAUUAAAGAGCUUUGAAGCUCUUGAAUUCCCUCCAAUACAACCACAACUUGUCCAGCUACUUGUUAGUUUUUCAACGUACCCAUUGGGCAUAAGAUCACGCAUAGAACAGAAGUUGGGCCAGAAAUACAAGACCCCAACUUUCAUCGCCUUUAGCCAUUUGUGUAUUGACAUUAUACGGAACAAACUAGCUGUGACUGAUUCUUCUGUUUUUACCAAUGAAACCAUCCGGAACCUCUUGUAUCCGUUACUUGAGGUUACCCUGGCUAGGCUUCGCGGAAUAAAGAGCAGACACGCACCGUUAUGGCAAGAAUGUAACGAGCAGAUCGUGGUGAUUGUUGAGAAGAUAGUCAAAAGCGAACGAGAAUUCAAUGAAGAAGCAUGGCAAUUGAUGUUAAGAUGUAUCACUGAAUGUAUUACUACAGUUUCAGAUCGCUCACAAGAAGCAGAGAGCAUUGGUCAAUAUGAAAAGUUGGUUCGGUUAUUAAUUCCCGAGAUGUUUAUCAAACAACCUCAAUUGAUAGAGCCAUAUUCACAGUGUCUCUUUAAAAAUUCCUUCUUCUAUGAAUUUGACUCAGUGGAAUCAUCAAUUGUAAAGAGUCCAAGAACCAUUGAACAAUUGAAUACCUUCAACUUUGAUGCCUCAUUUGGUAGUGCAAAAGCUUUGGUAUGUUUCUCCAACAUCACAACCCGUCAAAAAUGUCUUGAGCAGCUUAUCGACCAUGCUACCAACGAGACCCUAACACCAUUCGCUGAACGAUGCCAACAGUUACUUUUAGCAAGAGCUGCUAUAUGUCUUCGGAAAGUGAUUAGUGACUGCGAGCUUCUCUACAAGUGUCCGCUUCCCAAGAUCCAACAACUUGAAUUGCGUCGUCUUUUGGCCAGUCUACAGCUCUUAGGAGCACACAAUGUUGUUCAUGUUCACAGACUAUUGGUCAAACUAGUUCCCUAUGCGCAUCGAUUACGGGGAGUUGAUGAAUGUUUGCAAGCAGUUCUCACAAUAUAA